CAUCAGAUAAGCCAGAUAAGUUUAGCAUGACUCAUCGAAGAGAGGGGUUUCGACUUGUAAGCACGUUAGGACGGGGAGGGCGACAAGCGAGGGGAAGACGCGCGACGACGACGACGACGACGACCGCGAAAGAGACAAGCCAGCGAGCGAACAGCAGUGAAUGAAUGAAUGUCACUCCCUCCCUCCCUCUUUCCGGGCUUAUCAAGCCAAAGGCGGAGAGACAGACCCGCCUCUCCCUCUCCCGCGCAGGGGAACUGGAACCUCCGCCGCCGCCGCCCGUCCACGGUCCCCUUCCAGCUGCCCCGUCAUUCCAUCUUCCUCUUACAAUAAAUCACCACAAUUCUACACGGUUCACCCCGUGCAGGGAGAAAACAAAACUGCUAUCUGAUCGUGCCCGGUGAUCGAUCGGAGACAAGCAUGAGUGGUCCCGGCGAAGAGCGGUAUGUUCUUAGUUCUCUCCAUGUCCCAAUCUC